AUGCAGCUACCACUGGACAACACUUCUAGUGUCUUAGUUUUCACACUCUCUGGCCUGAAUGAAACGAUGGAAAACAGAUAUGUGUUUUUUUCCUUGACAGCAUUGUAUUAUCCAUUGAUUGUGUUCUGUAAUGUUAUUGUAAUUUAUGUUAUAAUCUCAUAUAGGAAGCUACAUGAGCCAAUGUAUGUGUUCAUUUGUAAUUUGUGUAUGAAUGCACUUUUUGGCACUGCUGGAUUCUACCCUAAAUUCAUGUAUGAUUUAUUAUGUGAAUACCAUGUCAUUUCAUAUGCUGGUUGUCUGAUUCAGAUAUUUGUCAUUUAUUCAUCUGCUUUGUGUGACUUAUCAACAUUAACAGUGAUGGCAUAUGACAGGUAUGUGGCAAUAUGUAGACCGCUGGAGUAUCAUGCAAAAAUGACCAAGCAAAGGGUUCUUCAGUGUAUCUUGUUUUGCUGGCUGGCUCCAUUUUGUUGUAUGUCUGUUCUUAUUGCAUUAACAUCAAGACUCACCUUAUGUGGCUCGAGUAUUGAAAAGCUAUAUUGUGAAAAUUGGGCCAUUGCAAAACGUUCUUGUUUUUCUAACACUGUAAAUAAUGUGUUUGGGUACAUUGUACUUCUUGUAUACUUUGCUCAUGCAGUAUUGAUAUUUUCCUCAUACAUCCACUUGAUUGGAAAAUGCAGAAAGUCAAUGGAGGGGAGACACAAAUUUAUACAGACGUGUGUUCCACAUCUGCUCGCACUGAUCAAUGUGACUCUUGCUUUGCUGUUUGAUGUACUUUACAGCCGUUAUGGCUCAAAGAGUUUGCCGCAAGGAGUCCGUAACUUCAUGGCACUGGAAUUCCUCCUCAUACCCCCUAUUUUAAAUCCUGUUAUUUACGGAUUAAAUCUAACGGCACUACGGAAGCAAGUCAUGAGAGUGUUUUUAAAAAAAACAAGUGGGAAUAUCUAA